AUGGAAAAUCCGAGACAAUGGCAUGUUUUCCUAUCAGAAGCAGUAUGGCCGAAUAGAACCAGCCAAAAAUCGGCCACAGGGACCUCACCUUUCAGGAUGGUGUAUGGACAUGAUGCUAUGUUGCCAAUGGAGCUGACUGUAAUGUCUACUCGCUGUUUGUAUCAAAAUAAAUUAUCCAAGGAUGAUUACUUUGAUAAAAUGGUGAUAGAAUCCUUGGAUCUCGACGAGGAAAGAUUGGUAGCAUUACACUACCUCGAAGCUCAGAAAAGAAGAGUUGAACGAGCAUACAACAAGCGAGUAAAGCCAAAAUCAUUUGCUGAAGGCGAUCUGGUAUGGAAGGCAGUCUUGCCUAUUGGCCAUAAAGAUAGGCGAUUCGGUAAAUGGAGUCCAAACUGGGAAGGCCCUUUCAUCAUAACUACCAAGUUGACAUGCGGCGCUUACGUCCUGGCGAAUAUUGAUGGGGAAGAGCAUGACAGGAUGAUUAACAGUCAGUUCCUAAAGAAGUACAUUCCUAGUUGUUGGGCGAAUAUUGACCGACGGUUGUACUUUUAUCGGACGUUUUAG